AUGGCGGAUCACCAGAGGAUCCACCCUGUCGACCUGGAGGCCGGCAGCAAUCGGCCGACGGCGCCGCUGGUGCCAGGAGGCUCGUUCCGGUCGGACAAGGGCGACCCGGCGCGGAGCGCGAACCACCAGCACCAACAACGACGACAGCAACAAGGCUACGUCCCCGGCCCCCUGCCUCCGCCGCCGCGCCGCGUCGCGCCACUGGCGCCGCCGCUGCCUCCGCCGCGGAAGCGGCGCGGCGGCCGGGGGUGCUGCUGCCGGUUCCUCUGCUGCGUGGUGAUCACGGCCGUCGUGGUGGCGGUGCUGGCCGCGGCGGCGGCGGGCGCGCUGUACCUGGCGCUCGACCCCAAGGCGCCGCGCUACUCGGUGGACCGCCUCUCGGUGUCGGCGUUCCAGGUGGACCCGUCGACGCUGACGGCGCGGGCCGGGUUCGACGUGACGGUGACGGCGGCGAACCCGAACUCGCGCAUCGGCAUCCAGUACGAGCCCGGGUCCAGCCUGGGCGUGUGGUACCAGUCGUACCGCCUGGCGCGGGGCGCGCUGCCGGCCUUCUACCAGGGCCACCGCAACACCACGGUGCUGGCGCUCGCCAUGGCCGGGGAGGUGCAGCUGGGCAGCGCCGUCGUGGCCGGAUUGCAGGACGCGCAGCGGACGGGCGCCGUGCCGCUCGUGUUCCGCGCCGACGUGCCCGUGCGCGUCGAGAUUGGUAACUUCAAGCUCUGGAAGGUGACGUCCAGGGUGCGCUGCGACCUCGUCGUGGACAGGCUCAUGGACGUCAGUAGUCCCAUCAAGAUCAAGGCCAGCAACUGCAAGUUCAGCUUGAAGCUGUGA